UCUCGGAGGCUCGCAUUGAAUCGGCCCUAACGAUUCUCGGAUCGUCAUUAUUUGUAACCAUAGAGCAUGAAUUACCUCUUGAGGUCAUCAGCGAGAAUUUACGACUGGUCAACAAAAGCACGUGAUUCCCUAACGCCCCCCCAUCCCCCUUCCAACCCCCCCCAUAUUUGGCCGCAUACAUAGCAAAACGAAGUACAGUGCAUCGCUAUAAUUCAUUAAUACAUCAUAAAUCGUGAAGCACAGGGUUAUAACGACCACGAUCCACAAAUCAAGCCCUCCAAAAUCACCCAAAUGAGCUCGUACUUUGUAAACUCCUUCUCGGGGCGUUAUCCAAAUGGCCCGGACUAUCAGUUGCUAAAUUAUGGCAGUGGCAGCUCUCUGAGCGGCUCUUACAGGGAUCCCGCUGCCAUGCACACCGGCUCUUACGGCUACAAUUACAAUGGGAUGGACCUCAGCGUCAACCGCUCCUCGGCCUCCUCCAGCCACUUUGGGGCAGUGGGCGAGAGCUCGCGCGCCUUCUCCUCGCCCGCCCAGGAGCCCCGCUUCAGGCAAGCGGCGUCGAGCUGUUCCCUGUCCUCGCCCGAGUCCCUGCCCUGCACCAACGGCGACAACCACGGCGCCAAGCCCUCUGCUUCAUCCCCCUCCGACCAGGCGACCCCGGCCAGCUCCAGCGCCAAUUUCACCGAAAUAGACGAGGCCAGCGCGUCCUCGGAGCCAGAGGAAGCGGCGAGCCAGCUAAGCAGCCCCAGCCUGGCUCGGGGACAGCCCGAGCCCAUGGCCACCUCCACAGCCGCGCCCGAGGGGCAGACUCCGCAGAUAUUCCCCUGGAUGAGGAAGCUUCACAUCAGCCACGAUAUGACCGGGCCAGACGGGAAAAGGGCCCGGACCGCGUAUACCCGCUACCAGACGCUGGAACUGGAGAAGGAGUUCCACUUCAACCGCUACCUGACCCGGCGAAGGCGCAUCGAGAUCGCCCAUGCGCUCUGCCUGUCAGAGCGCCAGAUCAAGAUCUGGUUCCAGAACCGGCGCAUGAAGUGGAAGAAAGACAACAAACUGAAAAGUAUGAGCCUGGCGACAGCCGGCAGCGCCUUCCAGCCCUGAGCCUACCAGGAGGAGCCCUGGGCGACCCAGAGUCUGUGCAGUCGCCCCCCACCCCCCCACCCCCCUACUCUUGGCCCCUCUAAGCCUCCUGCGCCGCCGCCCUCUGGGGACUGGUUCCCAGGAGCCUGUCUCACCCGGGCCUUGUGUUAUGAUUUUUCGUUUGGUCUUAGGUCUUCCUGUGGCUCCCUCUCUCCUGGACUGGUUAAUCUUGUUAUUAUUGUUAAUAAUGAUGAUAAUUAUUAUUUCCCCAUCCAUGCUCCCCACUCCCCUCCAAUCACCCUAAAUCCGCCAGUGUUUCUGUAUGUUUGUGUCUUGUGGUUGCACUCCUUCCUCCAGGAAAAAAAGAAAAAAGAAACUCGCAUGUUUAAUGUGAACUUCCCCCUCCCCAUCUGUGUUCUUCUAACUUAUUUAUAAAGGAUGAUCACUGUAUUCUUGAGUUUCCGCUUGGAAGUUCUCUAAGGGGCAGCUGUUGAGGCGGGGUCCUGCGGAAGGAAGCCUCAGGCCCAGCUGAGCUGGCCUUGAGAUGGAGUCUAUGACUGUGUCUCUUCCUACCUUUUUCUUCCUCCUCCCUCCCCACCCACUAGGCCCAAGUCUCCCAGUGGCUUGGUCUUGGCUUGGGAAGGGACCAGGAUGACUAAAAGGGUGUUGUUAAGAAGAGGGAAGGAAAAUAAGGAGAUUUCAGUUUCUGCCGCCUGGGUAGGCCCCACAAGGCCCUGUCUGGGGAUGUACGGAAACAAAAACCCUGAGUGUAAAAUGUCUUGUGUGUUUUGCUGUGAAUCCAUGGGUCUGGCUAGAGCACCCAAACAAAGCUUGUAAAUAUGGGGAUAGUCUGGGUCAGACUUAUCCCCUCCCCCUUGCCCAGUUUGCCUCCAUUUGUAGUGAGUGAGUGGAUGCUGUGCUAUGUGUGAAAUUUGUCUUCGCUGGGCCUGUCUCAGUGAUUCGCUUUUGGUAUUUGUUUGUAGCUUUCCUUGAAGUCAAAUAAAUGUUUCCCCUAUUCCAU